GGACAGGGGGAAGUCGGUAGUGAAGCAGUAGUGAAGCAGCGGUCCACCAUGGAGAAGCCGCGGCGGCAAUGAGAGCGCGCACACCGGCUCCUAGCCCCACACCGUCGCCCUCCGCUCCAGCACUAUGCCCGUCUCGCCGCCUCUCUUCACGUGUCCGAGUCCCGGUCGCUGAAUGGCGCUGGUUACCGUACAGCGUUCACCGACCCCCAGCACCACCUCCAGCCCCUGCGUGUCGGAGUCUGGCAGUGGGGAGGAGGAUCGACGCUCUCAACCUCGCAGCAUCAGCGAAAGUUUCCUGACAGUCAAAGGGGCGGCGCUCUUCUUACCUCGAGGAAAUGGCUCUUCUUCUUCCUCCUCCGCUUCCCGCUUCUCCCUGCGCAGCAAACACGCAGGGGACAUCCAGCAGCAUCUGCAGACCAUGUUCACUGUCCUCAGACCAGAGGACAACAUCAAACUGGCGGUCCGAUUGGAGAGCGCCCACACUGAGGUGAUCCGCUACAUGGUGGUGGUGUCCACCAAUGGGCGGCAAGACACGGAGGAGAGCGUUCUACUGGGGGUGGACUUUAGUCCAGUGGACAGCUCGUGUUCCGUAGGGUUGGUUCUCCCGCUGUGGAGCGACACGAGGAUACAUCUGGACGGAGACGGGGGCUUCAGCGUGUCCACCGACAGCAGAGUGCACGUGUUCAAGCCCGUCUCCGUGCAGGCCAUGUGGUCGGCACUCCAGUCGUUGCACAAAGCCUGCGAGGUGGCGCGCUGUCACAACUACUUCCCAGGAAGCUUGUUCCUCACGUGGGUCAGCUACUACCAGAGCCGCGUCUCCUCGGACCAGAACCGGAUCAACGAGUGGAACGCCAUGCAGGACCUUCAGUCGUACCGCGCCGACUCCCCCGUCCUUUUCUCGGACGCGCCCACCGAGCGGGAGCUGACCGAGCGUGAGAUCAAAAGCAGUUUGAAGGAGAUCAUGAUGCAGAAAGAUCUGGAAAAUGUCACCUGUAAGGAGAUUCGCACAGAGCUGGAGAUGCACAUGACGUGCAACCUGAGGGAGUUUAAAGAGUUCAUCGACAACGAGAUGAUCGUCAUCCUGGGUCAAAUGGACAGUCCCACUCAGAUCUUUGACCAUGUCUUCUUGGGAUCCGAGUGGAAUGCGUCCAAUCUGGAGGAGUUGCAGGACAGCGGAGUCCAGUACAUCCUGAAUGUGACGCGGGAGAUCGACAACUUCUUCCCGGGUCUGUUUGAGUACCACAACAUCCGAGUGUACGACGAGGAGGCCACCGACCUGUUGGCGUACUGGAACGAAACCUACAAGUUCAUAUCCAGAGCCAAGAAAGCUGGCUCCAAAUGUCUCGUGCACUGCAAGAUGGGAAUCAGUCGCUCGGCGGCCACCGUCAUCGCCUACGCCAUGAAGGAGUACGGCUGGGAUCUGAGGAAGGCCUUUGACUACGUGAAAGAACGGCGAGCGGUGACCAAACCCAACCCGUCCUUCAUGAGGCAGCUGGAGGAGUACCAGGGCAUCCUGCUGGCCAGCAAACAGAGGCACAACAAACUUUGGCGUUCCCACUCUGAUAGCGACCUCUCGGAGCAUCACCAGCCUCUGUCCAAAGCCUACCCCCAACCACACAGCCUGGGGCGCUCAGACCCCCGCAACCAGGCCGCCGCCUCGCUCGGCUCCUCCGUGAAAGAGCUUCUGGAGUCGCUGGGGCCCAACGCGGCGGCACACGCCAACAUCCCGUCUCGUCCACUCAGCUCGCCGCCGUGCGGCGGAGCGACGGCUUCGUCGUGCGACGCUCCCCCUCCUCGACGGCUCAGCCAGCCGGACCCACCCAUGUUACCGCUAUCGCCGCCGCUCUCCAACGGCCUGCUCGAACCCAAGGAGCAGACGUCGCCGCUGGUUGUCUUGCUGCCGACAGCUGCCACUGUGGUGCCGGAGCCUCAGCGCUUGGACGCCGUGGCGGUAGCGCAAAGCGUCUCGUUGGGCCAGCCGCACCCGCCCCCUUCCCUGCACCACCUGCCACCCUCCCCUGCUCCCUCGCCGCCUCCGGCCUGCGUGGACACAACCGUCAAGUCGCGGGCGGUGUCACGCUUUCAGCCCGGGAUCAGACCCUCGCUCGGGCCUCAGCCCGCCGCACAGCCGCCGGCGCCCGUCGACCAAUCAGACUGCUCGGUUCUGGACGGUCCCGUCAGCUCCACGUGUGCCAACACCCCAGCGCUGUUUGGCCCCAGCGCCGAUCACAUCAGCUUCUUCAGUGCCAGGGAAAAGUUCAAAGGGAUGACUCAGGACGCCGCCGUGCAGCAACAUUCCCCGCCCAAGCACGCGCCACCUCCCGAAGUCCCGACUGCUGACAGCAAGGAUGAGCAGAAAAGAAAGGAGCAGGCGCUGGUUCCUGUGCAGGUCACGGGACUGAAGCACCCUGAUUGGUCCAAGCUCUGCCAACUAGAGCAAGGGGGCCAGGAAGAGGAUGGAGAUGUUUUUUGUCCGAGCGCCAAGCAGGAAGUGAAGGACAAAGAAGACGAGGAGGCGGUCGCCGGUCUCUGCAGUGAUUGGACGAGAGGCUCCGUGCGGCGCGUCACCCGGCAGCUGGAGCACAGGAUGAAACACGACGCCCUGUCGCCGCCGUCUUCUCCUCCCUCACACUCAGGAAGCUCCCCCCUCUCCCCGCGGCGCCCCCACAGCACGUGUGCCCAUCCGACGCCAGCCCUCCCCCACGACGUCCUCGACGUCGGGAAGAAAGAUGGCCACGCUUACCAGCAGCGGGACUCCAUGUCGUCUACCUCCUCUGCUUCCCCCCUGGCCUCCAUCAACUUCCUGUGUUUGGAGGGCGUGACGGAGCGCGAGUCGGGCACGGACUGGGACGGCCCACCCGAGGGUCCCUUCAGUGACGUGGUCAUGAGGGAGACGUGGGCGACACUGUGCGAGCUGGGCGCCUUCCUGCAGCAGGUGAGCGUGGGCGGCAGGGCCAGCUGCGUGGACCACAUCCUGGGCUCGAGCGCCGCGGCCAUUCAGAAGCGAGCCGGCGGCGGGCAGAGGAGGGUCCGAGAGGUGGAGGCCAGGCUUCGCCAGGCGGGUCUGACCCCUCCCUCUCUGAUGAAGCGCUCGGCCUCGCUGGCCAAGCUGGGCUGCUUGGAGCUGCUCGCCAACGACCUCACCGACUGGGAGCUCAGCCGGAGCUCGGCGGCGCCGGCCUCCGCGGAGCCCCCCGUCCACGCAGGCGGCGACGAUCCCAAAAAGCAGCGCGUCCACGACACCCCCGCAUCGCCCGACCAGCCGCCUGCAGUGGCAGCCGAGAGCCUCCACGACGCGGAAGACACCGCGUCAGGAGACGACCCCGACCCCCCCAGCCCGCUGAGCCUGAUGUGUCCGCCCGCGCUGCCGCCUUUGACCACUAGGCAGCAGUACGGAAGGAGUCAUCCCGUGCGGCGCCUCAAGAAAACGACUGUCAGCGCCCCCUACCACACCAUGUAAACGUGCGUGUGCAAAAGCAGUGCCUCUUGCCUUAAACCACCUUUGACCUGUGACCUCCGAGGACAUUCGCCGGUUAAAUCAGUCAGACACAUUCCCUCCCUCUCCCGCUGAUGUUCGCUGGAAUCUUGAGCUGGUCCAACACAGAUUCAUCCAGAAUGUUCCUCCUCUCGGUGAUGCACAGCCAAUCACAGCCAGGUCACAUGGUCAGUGGCAGGCCAAUCAUAGGUCACAUGCUUGCACCCUUUUUUUUUCUCUCUUUUUUUUUUUUAAAAGUAGUUAUUUGAUGACGUGAUACCUCGGAAGCACACGUGACCUGCACAUCUGGAAUGUUCCGCCUCCUACGGCGAUGCAUCGCCUCCAAGUGCUGAUGCCACUCACACUGGAUGUGUGUGUGUCUUGUGUGUUUGUGUGCGAUGUCAAACGUGACUUUUUUAGGAACCUUUUGUCAGUCUUUUUAAUAUAUUUUUCAAGUUGCUGUGAGAAGCACAACUUUUUUAAACUGUCAGUGUGUGUGUGUGUGUGUGAGUGGCAAGUGAAGCACAGUGUGUAUUGUCAUACAUGCACUUUACGUAAUUUACCUUUUUUUUUUUCAUUUUGACAUUCAUGUGUUUUUAUGAAAUUGCUACUUGCGGCGUGAGGGCAGGGUCAUUUUGUGCUUUUUUUUUUUUUUUUUUUACACCCGUGUUGUUCAAUCUUUAUUAAUUUAAAGCUAUCAGUGUAAAUGUUCUUUUAUAUCAUGUCCUUCUACUGUGACCAUUAAACGGAUGGAGAUGGACGUUUUGGCUUUCACUGUCCUUAAACAGGCCAAU